GAAAAGCUUUCUGCGCGUGUUGUUUUAAUCUUAAGCAGCAUUAAAGCGCCUCGAGCGCGUAUUCAACGCUUGUAAAUCAAUGCGGCAGAUGGCAGUUCUUAUUGUUUAUCAACAAUUGUAGUAGGACCGGUCUAACAAGUUAAUUUCCAAUUUGACAUCCAUUUCGUCAGUAAAUUAGUAAAACGAGUAAGGGACGUAAAAGAGUGUGGACUUGGGGAAAGUUCGGUAAAGGACUAUAGCUAGAAAAUCCAGUCUUUUUUUUUAUCUAGUGGGAUUAGUGAAGCACACGUGAAAGAACGAAGAAAUUAGGCUAAUAGUUACUUCUCUACUAAUAGAGAUUGUUUCAGAAAACCAAGUUUGAAGUGUGACAUGGACUGCAAAAGUAGAUCAAGUACCUGCAUUGCACCAAUAAACAUUGCUGUAAUCAAAUACUGGGGUAAAAGUGAUGAAGAACAAAUCAUCCCCUUGAAUGACUCGAUUUCAAUUACUUUGGAUACUGAUUAUAUGUUCACUAAGACCACUGCCACCAUCAGCCCUGAAUUUACACAAGAUAGUAUUGUUUUAAACAAUGAGCAAGGGUCUGGAGAUGGAGUACGAUUUCAAAAUUGCCUUUCUGAGGUUAGAAAACUAGCUGCUUCAAGUAAACAUGCUUCAACUGUUGAAAAAUCUACAUGGAAGGUGGCAAUUGUUUCUGAGAACAACUUUCCAACUAAAGCUGGUUUGGCAUCCUCAGCUUCUGGCUAUGCCUGCCUAGUCUUUACACUGGCUCAGCUAUACGAACUAGAAUCUCAUCAGUCCGAAUUAUCUGCUCUAGCCAGACGAGGAUCUGGUUCUGCCUGCCGUUCCCUGUUUGGUGGAUUCGUUCGAUGGUUUCACGACUCACAACCCUGCAUAGCAAGACCAAUAGCUGAAGCGGAACAUUGGCCCGAGUUACGUUGUCUGGUUGCUGUGGUCUCUAACACUAGUAAGUCUGUUGGCAGCACGGAAGGAAUGAGGAGGAGUGCUGAAACAAGUAAACUGUUAGAGCAUCGUGUUAAAAAUGUCGUCCGAGAUCGAAUUGAAGAUAUAAAAAUGGCUAUUCUCGAAAAAAACUUUGUCAAGUUUGCUGAAAUCACAAUGCGAGACAGCAAUCAGUUUCACGCAAUUUGCCUGGAUACCUACCCACCUCUUUUUUACAUGAAUAGUACAUCACAAGCUAUUAUUCAGCUCGUGCAUCGCUACAAUCAAAUCCGGCAAAGUGUUAAAGUAGCAUAUACUUUCGACGCUGGACCAAAUGCUGUGCUUUUCCUGGAACAAGCCGAAAUUAGCCGUUUCGCUUCUGUAUUCUACUCUGUUUUCGGAUCCACACCCCAUGAUCAAUUUUUUAGAGGAAAAGUACCCGAUUUAGUUGAUCCCACGGAAGAUGUAACAAGUUUAGUACCGGAAAAGGCCUUAAAAGGUCAAGUGCAAUAUACAAUUGUAUGUCAUGUUGGUCAAGGUCCCAAAAAUAUUGAUCCAACAGGUUAGAAUCGUUUAAUACAAUUUAUAUUUGAGGUACGCACUGUGCGUCCAUAGCCUGAAAUAUAACCCUGAAA